UUCAUUUUUUAGCACAAUUUCCUAACUAAUACAAAUACAAGUCUCGACUUUAUUUUUGUUAUCACAUAAUAAAGGCCAGGAAUUUUUUUUUAAAACGUAUGAAUGAAACCGUAUGGCAGAAAACAACAAACACUACAGCUGCACGCGGGGGAACUGAAGACGUCAGAGUAUGCGGUUUCUAUGACAACAAGAGAAGCAACGUCUCUAAGGAAAGCGGAAGUGGCGUAGAACCAGGAAGUUGAAGUUUUGAACCACUUUUAGCGGCGAAAUCACUGUUCAGGGUGACCAUGAGCAACCAGGAGGGCUCGUGGGAUAGGUUGGACACGGAGUUUGACCAUUGUCUUCUGGACAUGAAGCCCUAUGUCCUUAAACAUCCCAACAAGUCAGAGCGACAGCGAUGUGCUAUAUGGAUAAAGAAGCUGUGUGAUCCAGCCACAUGUGGUUCAGGUCUGUCAGGCCGUAAGAACCGCAACAUGUACGCCCGUUUGCUCCUUAACAUGCUGAAAAGAGGAGUCUUAGAGAUGCCUUUCACCAGCAAACCAGAACCUGGCUGCCUGAAGACACUACCUACUUAUAUGUUCAUCUACUAUGAUGAGCCACUGGCUGGUCGGGCUGCGGAGCAGAGCAAUGCAGGUCUGCCUGAUUGGGUGACAGGAGAGCUGGGUGGCUUUACUGAUGACGCUUUGGCUGUUGGUCUGCAAAAGGACAGAAUCAGUUCUACACCUUUUGCAGCUCAUCACAGGAGAAGGCUAUAUGAUGAAAAGACCUCAUCCCGACCAACGUCCUCCAGUCCCCUCAAGCAAUCACCAAGACGUGAUGCCAGCACGGUGGAUCGGGGGCUGAAGGCAGAUAUGUCUCUCGAUGACAGUGACCUGGAGGCUCGUCUCAACAGCUGGAACCUUGGGAUUGAAAACCCCAGGUACUUGAGAGAAAAGCCCAUAUCCUUGUCUCCGAUUAUAAAGUCAAGCUUCAGGAGGAACAGCACCUCAGCUGACGAUCAGGGCCUACAGCUUGCGCAAAGCAAAGAGAUUGACAUGAAGAUCAAAGUUUUGGAGUCAAAGCACCAGGAGGAGAAACUGAGGAUGCAGCAGAGACACGAUGCAGAUGUUGAGAAAAUUCUGGAUAGAAAGAAUGGUGAGAUUGAAGAGAUGAAGAGCGUGUACCGGGUCAAGCAGAGGGAAUCAGAGGAGACGAUCCGUAAGCUGGAGAAGAAAGUUCAAAAUGUGCUGCGGGAAUCCCAGGUCAUCUGCGAGAGCAAAGAGAAGCAGAUUGCGGAGCUGAAAAAGAUGUCAGAUCAGAGCGCAGACUCCCUGAAAAACGAGUGGGAGAAGAAGCUGCAUGCUGCUGUAACAGAGACGGAGCAGGAGAAGUUUGAAUUGCAGAAGAAACACACUGAGAGCAUUCAGCAGCUGCUGGAGGACACCAACCUCAGGCUGGCGAAGAUGGAAGCGGAGUACAACGCUCGAUCUCAGGCGACUGAGCAAAUGCUGCGUGAGCUGGAGCAGCGGGUGAAACAACAGUCAGUGGAGGUGGAGAAGGGCAACAUGCUGCGUCAGAAGGUGACGCAGGAGAAGGCCCAGUUGGAGAUCCACAUUGCAUCCAUGAGUGUUGAACUGCAGGAGGCCAACAGGAGAGCUAUGAUGCUGCAGAAGGAGAAGGAGCAGCAGAGUGAGCAGUACGAGCAGGCUAUGCAGAAACUCCAAGCCAAACAUGAGACUGAUAUGAGCCACUUGCAUCAAGAGCAUGCUCUGUCUGCUGCUAAGGCGUCCGAGGUGAUAGAGGACUUUGAGAGAACUGUAGUUCAUCUAAAGCAGCAGCUCCUGGACAGUGAACACCGAAAGCACCAACAAGUGAGGGAUCAAGGGAUAAAGUUUCAGCAGGAAAAAGACGAACUGCAGAUCAACUGUGAGAAAAAGAUUCAGGCAAUCCAGAGUGACGCAGAGAAAGAAAAAGCAGAGGCCACAAGGAAGAUAGCUAAACUAGAAGAUGCACUCAGGGAGAUGGAGAGCCAGCUGGACCGAGCCAGAGAGAGCCAAAGGCAGCAGAUCCAGCAGGCAGAUAUGGCGAUGGAGCAGUUCAAGAAACAGGUGGAGCUCACUUCUGAGAAGGCGUAUGCAGACAUGAAACUUCAGAUGGAGAAGGUUGAGGAGGACCUGGAUCGCUCCAAGUCUCUCAGGGAGAAGCAGGCCAAAGAGUUCUCCCAACAGCUUGAUGCACUCAGACAGAAAUACGAGCAACAGAUGGCUGAGCAGCGUAUGCAGCACGAGCAGGAGAGGACGCGGCUACAGCAGCAGCACAGCGCGGAAAAGGACAGCCUGGUCCAGGAGCGCCAGCGGGAGGUGAGCAGCCUGGAGAGGCAGGCCAGGGCGGCCCUGCAACAGCACCAACAGCACACCCAGGAGUGGAGGAAGCGCGAUGCUCAGGCAAUUUCAGAUUUGGAAGCCCAGUUGUCAGAUCUUCAUGAUGAGCUGCAAGAGGCUUCUGCGCAGCAUAAGCAACAGUUGGCAGACAUGGCCAUGCUCCGAGAGGAGGAAAAACAAAAGGCGUUCCUGGACAAAGAGGCCUCCCUGGACCGGCUCCGCUCUGACAUGGAGCGCAUCCGCAGUGACCUCGAGAGGAACCACCAGCAGGAGAGAGACGCUUCACAAGACAAGGCCAACACCCGGGUGAAGCAGAUUGAGAAAGAGUACGCUCAGAAGCUUUCAAAGUCUGCCCAGCUAAUUGCAGAGCUGCAGACUGUGUGUGACUCCAAGGAGGAGGCCGUCCGUCUGCAGCAGGCAAUGGAGAAGCAGCUGGAGGAGACCAACGCUCGAUGGGAUGAGGAGAGGAGGACGAUAACUCACAGUGCUGAUCAGGCCGGCAAGGCCCUGCAGGAAAAGGUGGAAAGUCUACAGAGGCAGCUGCACCGCUCCGAGAAGAAGCUGCUCGACAAAGAGCUGGAGACCGAAGAGAAGGUGACCGCGGCGUGUCAGGAGUACGAGAGGAAGAUCAAAGGUUUGAUGCCGGCAGCGCUCAGGCAGGAACUCGAGGACACCAUCACCUCUCUGAAAUCUCAGGUUAACUUCCUCCAGAAGAGAGCCUCUUUGCUGCAGGAAGAGCUGGAUGCCUGUCGCGGCAGGAGGUAACCACGGAAAACCACAAAUCAACCCGACACCUGAAUAUGAAGGACCAAACAUCCGAACAGAUGUGAGCAUAACUAACUUACAAGUAUUUCCACACCUGUCGUGCCACUGGACAAGUCAUCCUUUGUUUUGAUGUGCUGUUGUCUCUCUGGGUUUUAUUAACAUAUGAAAUAUUUAUUUAUUUUCCAGUUUUAGUUUGCUUUUUCCUUGUGUAAAAAAAAUACAUUUUCAUGUUCACAGCUGGCUACAUUGUUCAGUUUUUUUUAUAUAUAUCAUUAACUUGUUACUGUUGCUAAUAUUUGAUAGACUUUUGAUCUUAAUUGUCAUAUCCAUCAUUUAAUAAAAAAACUUUACAUCAUU